AUGACAGCCACCAUGUAAUGUAAGAGGGAUGCAAGGACCGCUUUGAAAUGGCAAGAGGCUCCUUGGCAUCGAGAAGAUACUAGAAGAUACUAUACCACAUGCGUGCCCUUCUUCUCUCUAAAGCAGAGCCUUGAAUUCAUCCUGGCUGUGUAUCACAAGUCUGCUGUUCUGCUGGAGUAAAGAGGAUAUUAUAUCCCCCACCCCCAUUUACCUGGAAGUGUGUUUGGCAAUUGCAUAUGGCACAGUAUAAAGGGUCUUGUGCAUAAUAAUUGCAUGGACUAAUCUGUUGAGAUGACUGGGGAGAAGGAUUAACCUCUCAAACUGAUGAACAAGUGUUCAUGCAAAUACAGAAAAGGUUACCAAAGCAAGCUGCUUCUGAAAAGGCUCUGCAGUCUCCGCCUGAAGAAGCUGACUGUGCUGAGGGAACUGGACAAGGAGCUCAGCUCCGUUCUCAUUGCUGUGAAGAUCCAGGGUUCAAAGAGAGUCCUGAGAUCCAAUGAAUAUGUUUUACCCCCUGGUGGCCUGAUGGAGACUGACCUGGAACUGACAUUUUCGUUACAGUAUCCACACUUCCUGAAGAGAGAUGGAAACAAGCUCCAAAUUAUGCUGCAGCGCAGGAAGAGAUACAAGAACCGCACUAUUUUGGGCUACAAGACUCUGGCAGUGGGCAUCAUUAACAUGGCUGAGGUAAUGCAGCACCCGACGGAUGGAGGUCAGCUCCUGGGCCUGCACAGCAACAUCAAGGAUGCGAGCGUCCGAGUGGCUGAAAUCAGCAUCUACUCCCUCUCCAGCCAGCCCAUUGACCAUGAAGAUGGAAAUGUUCCCUCCGGUCCCAAAAUCAAAGCCUCAGAUCGCUCUCCAGAUAUUGAUAACUACUCAGAAGAAGAGGAUGACAGCUUUUCCUCUGAGCAAGAAGCCAGCGAUGAUGCAGUGCAAGGCCAGGAUUUAUACGAUGAAGAAGAUGAAGUAAGGAAGCCAAAGAAGGCCAGGCGGAAAAUGAUCAGAACCACAUCUAUGACCAGACAACCAAACUUCAAGCAGAAAUUUGUUGCCUUGCUGAAGAGGUUUAAAGUGACUGAUGAGGUUUUGGAUUCGGACCCAGUGGAUCAGACCCAAGAAGUAGAAGAGGACCUGGGCCUACUUUACGAUAGCCUUGAGGAAUGCAACAACAGUGACAGCGGCCCUGAAAUAGAGGAUAACGAAAGCGUCCACAGCACUCCUAAGCCUACGCUGAGGCGUUUCUUUGAGGGCGUCUCUCACUCCGGUUCCCAGACUGAGAUCAGCAGUCUGCACGGCCAAAAAGGGCAGGAGCGAGAGUCUGGCAGCCCUGGAGAAGCUGAGAAGCGGAAAGUGGGUGCUCCACGCACCCAGGAUGAGGCGGCCAUGGAAACAGCCACUAUGGAGCUGGAGGCAGACGAAUCCGGCCAAGGCGGAACGGCUGAGAUGUCCCUGAAGGAGAGCAGUGUGGACAGGCUGGCCCAGCUGAGCAGCGUUAGCAAGCCUGAGUUCCCAGCCACGGUCUCGCCCAGCAAAGUUGAGAACAAGCAGCUGUGGCGGCCCCGCAGCAUGUCCGUCAAGGACAGGCAGAACUCCAAAGGCCAAGGGGACCGGACGAGCAGCCUGGACAGCGAGAGCAGCCCCGAUUCACGGCAGAGCACCCAGGUCCCCCGGAAAUCUGUGUACGAUCAGCUCAAUCAGAUCCUGGUCUCAGAUGAGCAGCUGCCGGAGAGCAUCAUCCUGGUGAACAUUGCUGAGUGGCAAGGCCAGUAUGUGUGCGAUCAGCUGCAGGAGCACAAGCAGCCCAUCAUCUCCACCUGCUCCAUGGCCGACGUCCAGGCUGCCUUCAACACGAUUGUCGCUCGCAUCCAGAGAUACUGUAACUGUAACUCCCACAUGCCUCCCCCAGUGAAAGUGGCCGUGGCAGGGGACCAGAGCUACCUGAGCAUCGUCCUGCGCUUCUUUGUGGAGCAGCUGGCCAGCAAGACCCCGGACUGGCUCAACUACCUCCGUUUUCUCGUGGUGCCACUGGGCUCGCAUCCCCUGGCCAAGUACCUUGGCUCUGUGGACAACAGGUACAGCACCUUGUUCCUGGACGCAGCCUGGCGGGAGCUCUUUAGCCGAACCGAACCUCCCGCUUCAGACACCAUGGACAUCCCUGCCCGGGUUGCCCAGUUCAUCGCAGGCGCCAACGUGUCCCACCAGCUGCCCAUUUCUGAGGCCAUGUUGACCUACAAACAGAAGAGUUCGGGUGUGUGGGGCACUUCAGGCCCUGCUGUUCUCUGCUUGCCCCUACAGUCCGCAGGGAUUGGCACACACCCAGAUGAGGAUUCCUGCCAGAAAUUUGUGCCAUUCGUCGGGGUGGUGAAGGUGGGCCUUGUGGAGCAGUCCUUCAGCACCUCAGUUGACUCUGAUGACGCUACGAUCUGCACCAGCUCACUACUGAGCUCAUCAUCUCCGUCUGGUGGGGGGGUCCCCUAUACCAAGGAGGCAGUUGGCACCCCUCCACCCUCUCCAUCUGUCAGCAGUGGGCUCUCGGGAGCAGGCUCCCUGAGUCCCGGUGUGGAGGUGAUGGGUCUGCAGGUUGAUUACUGGACAGCUCAAGGGCCAGAGAAGAAGAAGGAGGCUGAGAAGCGGGAAACCGGCAUCAAGAACACCCUGAAGAGCAAUUUCCGCUCCCUGCAGGUCAGCCGUAUCCCUGGCCCGGGGGAGCUGAUCCCGCCCAACACCAUGGCCAUGACUGUAGUCACCAAGGAGAAGAACAAGAAAGUGAUGUUCCUGAGUAAGAAACCUAAAGAGAAGGACUUGGAACCCAAGAGCCAAGUGAUUGAGGGGAUCACACGCUUGAUCUGCACGGCUAAGCACCAAAACACCAUGCUGCGUGUUUGUAUUGAUGGCGUGGAGUGGAACGACGUGAAGUUUUUCCAACUGGCUGCGCAGUGGCCAACGCACGUCAAGUAUUUCCCGAUCGGCAUCUUUGGCUACACAAAAAGCGCGUGAUAAAAAACCCGGCAGCCUGGGCCGGCCAGGGCUCUGCUGCGUGGAAGAGAGGAGGGAAGAUCCGGCUUCUUCUGAAGACUGACUGAUGACUGUCUGCCCCGCGCUGGAGCCCACCUCUGGCUGGGGCUCUGCUUGCUCCGUGUGUUCUGUGCAGGGAGCAUCCCGAUUUGCUUUACGUCUCACCCAUGAAUUUUAGUUUUAACGUGAACUUGGGUCCUAGUGAGUGGAAGACAGAUGCACGCGAGGCUUCUCAACCUGAACUCUCAAGACUAGAACGCCAGACCAGCCUUCUCUGUCAGGUGGGAUCAGGAAUGAAAGAAGCUGAGGGGAUUCAUACUGCCCCCCAACUGGCCUUGUGCUAGUGGCAGCGGGGGCCCGGUUCCUUCCCUGCCAUGCCUGGCUGGCUGGGGCAAGAAGGGGGAAAGCAGGCGUGCUGAUGGCCUGCUACCUUGUCAGUGCUGUGCUAGGGAAAAUGUGUGUUAGUGCCCUCCUCUAGUGUUGCGCAGCCAGGCUCCCCAGGAGCAUUCUGGGCAAGCUGGACCUCUGCCCAUAAGUGCCACUCUGUAGUCCCUUCUCUCCCAAUCCAGAGGGCUACUGGGACCUUGGUAUCUUGUCUCCUUUUAACAUAAAGCAGCUUCAUCCUGUCUCUACUAAGCUCUUUGUCCCCUUCCGCUUGGAAUGGGGCUCGCGUUGUGAAGCUUCAUGCUCUUGGAAUCUAUGUGGACGGGAGCCAAACGAGAAACACCCAGGUGGCAAAAAAAAAAAAAAAAGGCACAAGGCAGGGGCCACCUCCUUUUUCUGCAGCAGACCCUGCUCAGCCAAAGGCGAGGAUGUUUGAGCUGGGUCAUGCUGUUCCUCCUGUGCUUCUAGGGGGAGAGAGAGACUGGGGGGGAUUUUUGUUUUCCCCAUUUGUCAGCUGGCCCGUAACGGGUGGGGUUUAGGGACAGCAUUUGGUCUACAGCCAGCUGCAAAUCAGCAGGCAGGAGAGGAGUAGGUCUUGCAACGGAGCCAGGGGAUGGUAGGUUCUCUGCCACUUUAAAGCACAGAAGGCUGACUUCGAAGGGAAAGGAAGGGGAGUUCAAGUGAGUUCCUGACAAACACAAAAGGAAGGAAAAGGCCUUCCUAAGCAGCAAGCAAGGGUGGGGAGAUGCUUCCCCACUGAUCUGUCCCAGCUUUUUUGGAGGGGUACAGGGAGAGUGGGACAAAACAGUGAGAUGGGGCAGGCAAGGAUAGCCCCCCCCGCCCCCUUUCCUCUUCCCAGUGGGUGGACUUUGGCUGUGUGCAAACAUGGCAGGCUGCUUGUGCCUCAGGGCUGGGUCUUCCUGUGUGGCACCAGAGGGACUUGCUGCUCAUGCUGGCAGAGGGACAGGCCAGAUCCCCCGUCUCUUUCUCCUGGUUAAGACACGGGUGAGGACGGUGCUUUCUGGUGGUGGAACCAGGUUAUGGGUCGUACCCUCCAUCUGUGGCCAGCAGGGGCCCUAGAGCAGCCUUUGGCUGAGCGGGUCUGAAGGCAGCCUUUAGAUCAACAAGCAGGGCUACACUCCACUCUUGCUGGGUCGGCUGCUCAGUCAGAGCGAUGGAGCUGGCAAAGGGGAGACGCAGUGGCCUGAUCAGCUACCGGGGAGUGCAAGGUGGUGGGCUGGGUGUGCAAGCAGGAGGAAGUUCCUUUUUCAGAGGUACUUCAACGGCUUGAACACGAGAGCCAGGAAUUGCAGCCAGGUCUCCUAAGGGCAGCCUUCCUGGGGCAGCUACCAGUGCCUCCUUGCGCUCCCUGACUGGAUCCACACACACACCCUUCCCUUCUCUCCCCCCCAGAUCAAGCAGGCUCCAAGGGCAGCCUCCUGCCUUCCCGGAGCCUGGGUCACUAGAACUGCCAAACCAACCCCCCUGCCUUGAAAGUGUAUCCUACCGAACUCAGAGACCUAAACUGUGGUAUUGCGCCUGCCCAGCGGACGCAGCUGCUCGUGGUUAGGAGAGCAGGGAUGGUGGGUUAACCCCAUUUUUUACAAGAUUCUAUUUUUGUUAAACUUAAUGUAAGGUUGCUUUCUGGAUUAAUUUUAAUAAAUUAAUGCUGGUACCAUUGUGAA